AUGAUAAUGAGAAGCGCGUCGUCACUGGACCUUAGCCUACGCGCAGCUCAGAAAUCGCCGGCUCCACGGUGUACAAACGGAGCUCGGGUUGUCACGGCGACAGCUCGAACCGUCUCUGCUUCUCCUCGGGGUUGUAAAUCGAUUCCCAGAGCUUCUUCUGAUGGAAACCUCUACGAGAUGCGAGCGAUUCAGGCGCCGGAGAGGAAAACGAGAACGACCGGCGUCUACUACGACGAAACGGCGUCUUCUAGAGUUUUGGAGAGAUCCGGUCUCCACCAGGGAGGUUCGAAUGGUGGAUUUGGCGGUAGAGGCGGAGACGAUAACGGAGGUGGCGAUGGUGGAGGAGGUGGAGGUGGGAGCGUAGAUGGUUAUUACGAAGAGAUGAUUCAACGUUAUCCUGGAGAUGCUCUUCUUCUCGCUAACUACGCUCGUUUCCUCAAAGAGGUGAAAGGAGAUGAGAGAAAAGCAGAGGAGUAUUGUGAGAGAGCCAUGUUGUCUGAGAACGGGAGAGAUGGAGAGAUGUUGUCUAUGUAUGGAGAUUUGAUUUGGAAAAAUCAUGGAGACGGUGUUCGUGCUCAGUCUUACUUUGAUCAAGCUGUUCAAUCUUCUCCUGAUGACUGUAAUGUUCUUGCGUCAUAUGCUCGAUUUCUGUGGGAUACCGAAGAAGAUGAGGAGGAAGAGGAAGAAAUUACAUAUGAGAAUGGUUUCUCUACCUAUAAUAACCCAUCUAUAUCAGUUGUGUCUUGA